GUUGCUGCCUAGCAGCCUUACUGUAACUUAGGCGCAAUGGCAAGAUUUUGAUAUCGAACUGCAAGUUCAGAUUAAGAAGAGCGACGAGUGCGGGAGGCAUAGAGACAAGGCUUUGCCUGAGAAGGAAGAGCUUUCCAAAGCUAAUUAUCAAGAUGUCGCGGCGAAAUUGGCCGAAGCUAAUAGAGCAAAAACGAGGAUUCGCAGUAGAAGGAUGAGAUGAAGAAUCAAUUGGACGACGUCAUUAAGGAGAAGGAUGGGUUCAUGGUAGAGAUUGGGAAUUCGUUAUCUAAUGUUCGAGGAAUGGCCAUGGAAGGUCAGCCACUGGCCUGCAAGAACUCCCUAAUUGUGUUCUAAUGGUUGUAGUGAGAUGGAUAUGGUGCGGGAGGCAUGCAAAAUUUAAAAGGACAGCAGCAUCAUUUAGACUUUAUUUGCUGCUUGAUCAUGAAUGCAUUACACAGAUAAGUUGCUUAGGCUAUGUAGAUUCAGGUUUAAUCUUUCUUUUUUCAACCACUUUGCAUUGACGAUAAAUGAAAUGUGAUAGAUUGAGGGAACAAAACUGACCUCGACCCACUCACAUCUUGAAUGAAGAUAUCUUACAGCUUGGAGGCAUGGAGAAAUUAUCAGCCACUUGCAUAGUAAUUUAUAUGAGGUACUUAUAUACUGUGCUUCAAGAGUUAGACAUGGUAGGCUCUGUUACUUUUGUUGAUCCUACUGUAAUCUCUGCUCCAUGGUGUGGGACAAGUUUUGUACGAUCCCAUAAGCUAGCAGACCGAUUCAAAGGAGCACAAAAUGAUCAGAUGUUCUUUAUCCCUUACAUACAACUCCGGUGAUCAUUGGAUGUUAACGAUUGUCCAUCCAGUCAAGGAGACGAUCUAUUUUGUUGACUCAUUUUAUCAGAGCAUAAUUGAUAGUGAAUGGAAACAUGUUGUGAAUGAUGCAAUUAAUAUAUUCAAUUGGCAAAGGAAUAAGCAAGGACGUAAAACUCCACUAUGGAAAAUCCUGAUGGGUGCUCCAAAACAGCCGACAAACAAAGAAUGUGGCUAUUACGUCAUGCGCUUUAUGAGGGACCUAAUCCUUGAAGAUAUUCAAGGUGUACUAGCUAAGUGGGAAGGAACUAUGAAGACCACAUACCUUCAAGAAGAAAUCGAUGAAGUCCGUAAUGAGUGGGCAGAACUGUUAGCGACAAGUAUCUUUAGACUCCUUAGUUCUAUGGUUUAACUACGUACCUAGUGAAACUUCUUUAAUUUGUCGCAAAAUUUACCUUUUCCUUUAUAUGAGAGCUAAGUACCUUUAUGACAGCUAGUACUAUUUAGGUUUCUUUAACUUUUUGCAAACUUUACU